AUGACAUCCGAACCUAUACCGUUAUCAAAACUCUCCAAAAGUUUAGAAGAGUGCUCAGGCUAUGACUUUCAGGUUCUCCUCAGAACUCUCACUUCUUCCAAGUACGUCGACGACAAGCUUCUGAAGUCAGAUCUGGCAGUUUUUGUCGCCAAAGUUUUGAAGCUUCUCAGAUCUGGUGAAGACUACCAUGUGUGGAAGGCAUGCCAUCUAAUCAAUGUGUUGUGCUCCUAUAAUCCGGUAGUUUUAUGUUCUCAGGCUGGCGAGUUUUUGACUUUGACUUUCAACAAGCUCGAGCAGAAAGCGAGCUACUAUAGAACCACUAUCACCAGCUCUCAUGGUCGGACUUUGUUGGCCUGUUUGGUACGUACAGUGGGACUACUGAUCGAUUUAGUGCGCGGAAAGCCAGCCUUGACCCGCGAAGUGCUUACCCCUAGACUGUCAGUCAUCAUUUCAACUCUAGUAAACCUGUCUCAGUUCGAACCGAAAAUGUGUCUUUCAAUUUUGAGGAAGUUAUUGUUACGCAAUACUACAACUUUCAGGCCCCACGCCAACAAAUUCAAAAUGGUUUUAACGAAUUUGCUUUCCAAGGAUUAUUUCCACUUUGAUAGUGCCACCAGAAAACUUAUUGCACAAAAUUUUGCGCUCCUGAACUUGGCUAAGUUUAGCAGCGCGGCUAAGGAUGAGACGAAAAGCCAUCACAAUACGUACCAAGAUGAUCAGUGGAGAAAAGGUUUGAUGUCCGUUUUGUAUAGCUUUAAGCCCGUUAUCAGUUUGUGUGGAGAGAUACUUGACUUUUCUGCCGAUCCUGACAUGCAAAAACUGCUGCAAGGGCUUCCGGCUCCCCGGAAUGGUUCGCCAGAAGAGAUUUUCUCCCCUCUUGAGAUCGAUUUGAAUAAGCCUAUCACAUUGUGGGCCAUAGCAAAGAGAUUGAACAUUUUGAGUGACCUGACAAUUGCUUUUAUCUCACAGCCCACGCACUUCCAAUUAAGAAUUCCCUUGCGCGGUAUCAUUCAGAUAUCAGAGGCUGUUCUUAGCUUGACAACGAACUACUUGCCCCUUCAGCGCACACUUCGCCGUGAUACUGAACUAACGUCCACCGUCGACGCACUUCUGCCGUGCUUGCAAAUGUGUGGAAUAAGUUUGCUCCGAGUUACCUCUCAAUAUUAUGGGAAAUGCACAUUUCCCUACACCUCAAACAUCCUGAGCUCUUUAGAGCUGUUCGUCCCUUUGAAAAAAGGAACCACUUCGGUUGAUUUUGACAGGGUUAGAAGCCUGGAAGGCGAGAUGUUUGAGUUGAUCAAAGUUGCGGAUUAUUACGCACGCCAGCUGGGUCUAUCACUGGGUGAAACAACUCUCUUUGCUAAGCUAGUCGAUACCUCAAUGUAUUUGGUGAAGGAUACGGUCUUACUAAACCAGCUUUAUGGGGAACAUAACGCUGGUGCACAGAAGCAUUCAAACAAAGCAAAAAAAGCUAAUAAGCAAAGCAAAGGAUCAAUGUCUGACAUGUAUUCUCAUCCACAGGAGUUUACUUCUGUGCGCACGUUAAAGGACUUUGAUGCGCUCAACGAUUUCCUUGUGAGCGUUGUUUCCCGCUUCAAGCUGUCCUCCGUUCAGCAAAUUCAAAUCUCCAAAUUUUGCAUAAGCAAUUCUGUGAAGCUAAGCAAAGAGAGAGGUCAACUUCCGCAUAGCUUUGUUAGGCUUUUGCGUGCUUUAGUCCUGCAUCCGGGGUAUGAUCGAAUUUCUAUCUUGCCAAUAGCUGUAACGUUACUGAAGAAACAGGGGGAUGAUGUGUUUGCUCUGUUCUGUAACCCCAGAUUGCCCUUCGGAGCAGUUCAAAGGACCAGUGAAGCUCUGAAUACAUACCAAGGAAAUCUUUCGAGCACAGCCCAUGAAGAAGAUGCAGGCCAGUUUUCUGGACUUUCAGAAACCCCGCCAAAGGAAGACGAGUUUGAACAAGAAGCCGUCAGCUCCCGCGGAAACCAAGUGCAAAACAUAAAAGAUCACUCUUCAUUAUAUUACGAGUCGACGAUGAAUGGAAACGUGAAACGUCUAAUAAGUGAAGAGCCAGAAAAAGUCUUCAAAAAGAGGGCUCUCGCAACAGUAAUGCACAACGGAGCUCAACAGCAAGAAACUCUCACGACAGUGGAAAAAGCCGAAACUGAAGUGGCGUCUAUUCCUGUUGAAUUUAUCCAGGAGAAAGAGACGACGGUCAAAGUCGAUGAGGAUCAAGAAAGUGGCGGUGAGUCAGAAUUCGAAAUUCCAGAGAUAAACGUAAGCGAGGAUGACGAAGACUAG